AUGGCCCUCAAGUCGGCAUCACCUGUAGCUGUUCUCCCGCAGCCAGGGCCGACACUCCUCCCAAAUUCAGUCGCACGCGUAGUGAGCCUCGCUACACGUUCCACCAGCCUUGCUAUACGCGUAGGCUCCUUCUUCGGUUCAUAUGGCCUCGACGCUGCACGCUUCACCACCCUCUCGAGUCUCGAACUCGCCCGCACUAUGGUAGAGGGCAUCCUGCUCCGCGCCGGCCGCGAUGCCGCUUUAAGACCCCGGUCCGACAUGGCCGCCGCCGACGCCGACACUUUACUUGAGCGGGCUCUAGAGGCUCUCCAUGGCGCCGCCAGCCAGGCCGUCUUCUGGACGUCGGCCAGCUUCCAGCUCACCGGUACCACCUUCUUCGCCGCUAGCGAGCUAUCGCAGCUGCUGCUGUCCUCGCUCGACCAGCUAUUCGGAUCAACCGACUCGUCCCGCGCGAUUGCAAGCAUCAUCACCCUCAUCCGCCGAGAGUUUAAGAACCCUGCUACCGGUGACCCGGCAGAGCAGGUCGGCGUCGUCGAUCUCAUCAUCGCCCUCGCCGCCCUCGCCUACCUACAGCGUAUGUGCCGCAAGUCGUUGGACGAUGAGCUGCGCUCCAGCUCUCACGAGCAGGUCAUCUGGGACGUUGUCGUGGUCGACGAUGGCACUCGCGUCGACGUGCUAACUGAUGGCGACGACUGCGUCAAGACCCAUGUCGAUGAGACGCACAGCGGCAGUCCCACAUCCCCUGUGUCACUGAACCAGAGGCCAUCAUCCAGCGGCGGUCCCAGAGACGACGACCAGGUCUUCAACCACCUCCAGACACAUAUCGCCUCUUCGUUGUCGCCCGGCACGUCCGUAUCUAUCUCAAACUCUGUCCAGACCACGCAAACCAUCACUGUCGAUGUCCAUGGUCUCCAGUCUAUGACUCUGCCGACGCCGCCCGGGGCUGAGAUCGUGGAAGCUAAGACGCACGUACCGUCGCAUGCACAAGAUCCAGCAGACCCGGACGCCGAGUCGUCAUACCGAGUCGUCUACAGGAUACAGCGCGACAAACUCAGGACUGCCUCGUUCCACCGCCACGAAGACGAGCCUGGCUAUGUCACAGAGCUCGACAGCUCAGCCGACUCGCAGCCAUGUACUCCUCCGCAAAGGCAGGCAUCCUCAUCGCGUCUCAUGGACCCACUACCAUUAGUACCUGCAACCCCAGAGCCUCCCUCGCAGACGGGUAGUCCGCAGUCGGACAAGGGACAUUCACAGCAGCGCAUGAACAUCCCGAGACGAACUCCCCCCCAAGUCAACCUGAGCCCACCUUCAUCCAUUCCCAGUUCGACCACGGACAGUGCUGCAAAUCAAAAGAAGCAGAGAUCCCCCUUGCACAAGUCGAGUUCCCGCGGCAACUUGGGUAAGGCAAAGCCAGAAUCGACAAAGCAGCCUACUAAGAAAAAGACAGACCUAUCACCGUCCGAUACCAAAUCUCUUGACAAGAAGAGUGGUCUCAAACAGGUUUUGAAAGGAAGUGGUCAAUCCUUUUCUCAGAUGUGGAACAAAGACGGCGUUAUUCUAGGCAGCUCAAGCACAGCAACACGAAGGCCGCGACCGCAGUGGAAGACCGUGGGCAAGGUUGUGGAGCCCAGCCCUGUUUCGACUUAUCCAUCUAAGCCGGCCACGUGCUCACGGAUCGCGAAAGGGUCGGGUCAGCGGUCUGGCUCCCAGGCUAGCAUUCAUCUAGACCCGGAGAGUAUACCCCGUAGCUCUUCACGCGCUAGCUACGUCUCCGUUCACGAGCGUCGUCGGGACUCCGUUGUAUCGCAGGCGGAUGCUUACACCCUCCACGCCGGCGGAUUGCGACCGGCAUCCCCCAGCAUCAUGAGGGCCGAUAUGGCGUCGCACGAGACGCUAUCCCGACAGCCAGACGGAGGGGCAGUGACGCCGUCUCCGUAUAGCAAGCCGUAUCACAGACGCAAUAUCUCGGCCGUCCCCAGCCUGUACAGCCUGGCGACCAACGACUCGCAGGCAUCCCUGGUGCUGUCGGCCUACUACAAAAAGAGCGCGUAUCACGCGACGGGCGCCAUGGAGACACUCCGGCGCGCCGGUGCUGUAGAGGGGACAUUCCCUUCUGCGCACCUGCUGCAAAAUAUCACCCGUUAUAUGCGCUUCUCGUCUGCGUCGUAUGGGUCACGGUUCCUCAAGCUCAUGGGCAUCUCAAACAGCAUGCCCAAGAUCCAGAUUGACGACGAGACACACCACGACGUACGGCACUUUGCACACCACACGGAGUCGCCGUCCGGGAAUGUACUCCUAGCAUCGUUUGUGGACUCGGGAGGCGGAAGCAAUGCAUCGGGCGCCACUGAUUCGGGUAUGCCGCUGGUAUACUACAUAUCACUAGACCACGAAGCCAAGGCCGUGGUUCUUGCGUGCCGCGGCACCCUAGGCUUUGAAGAUAUCCUCACCGAUCUUACCUGCGACUACGACAGGCUGAUGUGGCGGGGCCGCAGCUAUCGUGUGCACAAGGGCAUCCACGCAUCGGCGCGACGCAUCCUCUACGGUGGCGACGGACGCGUCCUCAUUACCCUGCAAGAAGCGCUGCGCGAGUUUCCCGAUUACGGGCUCGUUCUCUGCGGCCACUCGCUCGGGGGCGCCGUCACGUCACUCCUGGGCGUAAUGCUGGCCGAGCCUAACCCUCACGGCACAGGGUUCGUAACAGCCUACGAUCUCCCUUCUGGUGGUGGCAACAACCCACGACUCGCCGACAUCCGCCUCCCCGCCGGCCGGCCCAUUCACGUCUUUGCUUACGGCCCACCGGGCGCCAUGUCCGUCACGCUCUGCAAGAUAACAAAGGGCCUAAUCACGACUGUUGUACACGGGUCAGACCUGGUACCGCACCUAUCACUUGGCGUCCUGCACGAUUUUCAAGGUGUAGCCGUGGCAUUUAAAAAGGACGAGCACCGCGCCAAGGCCGAGAUACGCAAACACAUAUGGCACGCCAUACAAAGUAACAUGGGUGGCGGUAGCAACAGUCUGCCACCAUCAGCCCCUACAGAGCAGUCGGGUACAAUAGAGGAGCUCGACGGUCAGGGAUGGAUGCUAGCAACCCUUUCUUCGAUGCGGAGCAACAUGAACCACGAGAAACUCAUGCCCCCCGGCGAAGUGUUCUGCAUUGAAUCACACCGUGUCCUCCGCAGAGACGCUUUCCUCCUCGUCUCAGAUGACCCUGCGGGCCAGCGGCAGCAUAUUGGACGGCCGGCGCAGCGCAUCGUACUACGGUACGUUAAGGAUGUGGAGGCCAGAUUCCGAGAGGUGCGCUUCGGGACAGGGAUGUUGAUCGAUCACUCACCUGCGAAUUACGAGAAUGCCCUCAACAAGCUGCGUCUCGGUGUGUCAGAAUGA